AAUGCGUUCGUUAAAAGAGAGAGUGUACACGUUUAUGUUUCCAUCAAAUAUUGUCCUUCUUAUCCAGAGACCACCGGAUUUGAGGUUGGUGAGAUCUACGACGUCAUCGUUGGUUACUUCGAGUUCCUUGCCACCUCCACCCCCUCGACGCGACAGCAUACCUCUAAAGAAAUUACCAGAUUAUUCUUCACCCAGCCAAGAGGUUCAGGGAGCCGUACGACAACACCUAGUCGCUUUGCUCAACGAAACAGGAGGCCAAAUGAAUGGACACGUAAACAGCGCCUUCCAACAAGAGGCAGAGGAGCUACAAGACAGAAAACCAACACCGAGCUAUAGACAUCCACCUCAGUAUAGCCCAGCCUUGCCACCCAGAAUGUCUCGACCACCAUCAGUUCAAACAAAUUCAAAUAAUCCUAAUAAUCAAAACGACAGCAAUAACGAUGAUCUUCGAAAUGUCUGCAAUAAGUUAUAUAAUAGGGGAAGUUAUACUCAAUCGAGAUUUGAACAAAAUCAACAAAUGCCCUCAAAAACCCCUCCAACAGUUUAUUCGCAGCAUCCACCGAGGACUCCUCCUCCUGGUCAGAGUACUUCUCCUAGUAGAAAUUCUCAAUCCGAUAGUCCCGGAGGGCAUCAGGUGAAAGCAUACAUGAGACAACCUUACGCAGGAACGCCUAUACCAGUACAACAAACUCAGAGAGUUGAAAGGCCACCGUCAAGGCCUCCCCCAGAUAUGCAUUACAACAGGCACCCGCCUCCUUCUCCCAAACGUGAAGAUCUAGUUCGCUCACCCCCAUCUGAGUUACCAAUACAGCAUCGACCAGUUUCUCCGGCCAAAUCACCGCAGUUGAGAAAAAAUAUCAUUCGAUCAAACUUCAACGGGUUACCUGAAAGUCGGGUGGACAGCCGACCAAGUAAUAAUAAAUGGAGGUCGCCUGCUACUGGUUCUAGAGAAAAUUCAUUGACUAGAGCUCAACCACUUAAUAGAGGUCCUCUGCAUAAAGCUCAAAAUGAUGAUAUCGACUCUUCCCGGUCAGUAACACCUCCGCUUCCCGCUUUGUCGUCCAACACACCACCGUUGACACCACCGCCAGGCUCUACACCUCCAGAGACUCCUGAGAUACCAGUUAUACGAAGAGCUCGAGAUGACAGAGACCUUAAAAAGCAGGUGAAAGGUUUGGAACAGAUGUACGGCCAAUUGCUUAGGCACGUAGAUUCGAGGAGGUCGUUGAGUUCCGCCUCAUCAGUUAGCGGCAGGAAAGGAGGUAGAGGUCACCAUCGUAGAGCAGGACAUUCCGCUUCCUCACAUCAGUUCAAGCAUAUUAAUAAAAGGUUCACACGUCUUGAAUCUCACGUAGUCACUUUGGCAAGAAGCGUCGCUCAUCUUUCAUCAGAGAUGAGAGCGCAUAGUGCCCUCUAUCGUGAUAUGGAAUCAAUUAAGAGCGAUCUUGUCGAAGUAAAAAAACAGAGACACGCUCACACAAACGCCAAAUAUCCUCAACAAAGUCAUGCUAAUACCCCAAACAAUAAUUCUUAUAACCAACCGGAAGUUAACGAUUGGAACAGAUUUCGAGGGUGGGUACCAACCAUGACAAACCCAAAGAGAGUUGACAAACUAACCAAAUUUUUUGGUGAAGAGCCGCCAUUACUCAAGUUAUUUUUAAAGAAUUUGGGCUACGAGAAAUACAUUGAAAACUUUUCCAAAGAAGGUAUAGGAAUGUUAGAGUUACCAUACAUGACGGAAGAAAGACUAAGUAAGAUAGGAAUACCUAUGGGUCCUCGAAUUCGUAUAUUACAAGAAGCCCAAAUGCGCUUUAGACACGAUAAUUUUGAUAUAUACAUUGUUUAA